AUGCGCGCGCCGGUCGUAUUCCUCCUUCCUCUCGCGCUGAUUCUCCAAGGUAAAUCUGCUCUUUUUUUCUCAUUUCACUCUGAUUUUUAGGAGUGAUAUGUGAUAGUGUAUGUAAAACUGUGACAUGUUACGGACAGUCCGUUUGCCAUGAAGUCAGUCUUCCGUGCGCCAACGGCACCAUCGGAUGUUAUGAUGUAUUGGCGAAAUGUUCGGACAAAUCCAUCGAGGAUUACGCGAAAGACCUGCUGACCAAUCAAAACCUCGAAAGUAAUAGAAAUCGUUUCUACAUAAACAUCUAACGUAUUCUCUUCUUUUCAGCCCUCCUAACCGAUCCCAACUACAUGCAGUCCAAUGACAAAGAUGUUCUGUGUCAGGGAUUCAGUUGCUACGGCCUCAACAAUUGCAUAAUCGUGCGGGUGGCGUGUAUUGACGAUCCGAACUGCGUCAACUACCUGCCCUUCUGCGAUGAUUCCCCUCAGCUCGUCUCCACAACAUAA